GCAAUCGAAACACAAAACAACUCCAUUAUUAGCACCAGCAGUAGCAGCAGCUCGUCUCUCAAUAGCUUUUGUUGCUUUGUUUCCGAAACUGUGAUUCUAGGGACAAAUUAUUCAUUAGAUAAUCGUUAAGGGAAACCUUUCGGAGCUACACACUACGGGCGCUUCACAAUCCAUCGUUAUGAAAAGCUAGUAUACGGCUCACGGAUCGAACAAUUAGCAUAGUGAAAACAACAUUGAAAUCGGACAACGUUCAAGAUGGAGAACCUCAACUUCCCACCGGUGGAAUUCGAACGUCCCGCCUGCUACGACGAGGGCAGCGGGACGGUCUUCCAGGAGUUCGCGAUAAUUCUCCAAAAUUUCCACCACUUCAAAAGUAUUCCCACGGAGCGGUGGUUGUCGGUGCUGCAGGAGAAAGCAAUAGCUCGGCGUAAGCUGGACCACCGGGAGGCGGAUCGGUUGCAAAAUCUGUCCGUGCAGAUGGCGGAGAACGACGAAGCGGACAAAGCAAUGAUCCAUAUCACCCAAGCGCUGUUUCGGUGUCCACCGGAUAGUAUACUGGCGAAGGCAAUCCUCUGCCAGAAGGGUGAACUAUUACGCCGGAAGGAGCGAAUGCAGGAUGCGAUACGUCAUCUGGAGCAGUGUCUCCGGAUAGAGGGCGAGCGCUUCUCGUUCGGGACGUACCUCUGCCUGCUGCGCUGCUACAAGGCGAUGGGAAAUGCCCCGAAGGUUAAAUCGACUCUGGGUCGGUGUGCGACGUUUUUCAACCGGUGGAAGGACGAGUUCCAGCGAUACGACUCGCAGCUCAAGAACGAACCGGAUGCACACAUGGAGGAGAUGAAGAAAGAGUUCGAUCUCCACGCUAAUUGUAUUCCGAAAGAAAUUGUAAACGAUAAAAGCUUUCAUAACGAACCUGCCGUUCAGGACAAUUAUGAGGAAGAAAUCGAUUUGGAACCUUUCAUGGGAUUUUCAUCCGAUUCAGAAAUAAGUGGCGCUUCCAGUGCAUGCAGCUUAGACAUGGAGGAGGAAUUACCCAAAUUAGUGGCAAAUAGGUUUAUUCCGGAAGGCUCAAUUGUGCUGAUCGAACGCCCGUUCGCGUCACAUUUGGAAUUUUCUAAAGUACAAUGUUACGUUUGCCAUAUCGUUUAUCCCCAUCUGAUACCUUGUUUCAACUGCCACGGUGUGUUCUACUGCUCGUACCAAUGCCAAAGGCUUGACUCGGCAAUUCACAAGUACGAAUGUCGAGCCUACCAACUGCUGUUCUUCCCGUUAGUCAACGGAAAUUUGGAAAUUCGAAUGCUGAUUCGAACGUUGGAUGUGUUCAAACGUGUUCUGUCCGUUAAAGGUCCCAAUACGAUAAAAUUCCUACGAACAGCGAACGAUUUCAUUGAGCUUUUGCUGGAGGGCCGAGCAGCGUCUGCGGAAGUGUUCAAUGUUUUACUGCUCAAUCUGGAUUAUACCAUCUUCCGGCCGGAGGAUUUCGACGCGCUCAUGAUCAAGACGGAAAAAUUGCUCAGCUACGUGAAAUACGAUGGCCAAAUUCGGGCGCACUAUUUCUACCAGUGCCAAAAAAUCGACGAUCUCCAGUUCGAUAUUAUCAUUGGGGGUCUGCUGCUGCACUUUUGUACCUUAACGAUGUCCAAAGUGAGUCGUCUGUCGUUCGAGAUUCCCGCAACGGAAGAUUUCGUUGGGCGGAUUGAUGACUACGAAGCAACCGAAGCGCGGGAGGAGGUAUCUCUCAAAAAUACUAUUCACGAGACACUGAAGCGGUACGGCAAGGAGCAUUCCACCAUGAUGCGUGGCAAAAUAGACGCAGAUUUUCUACGGGACGGUGUCUUAAGUCACCUGGAGACGCUGCGCAGUGUGGCGAAGGAAAAUCAAUGCAAUUCAUCGGAAGUGACGACGAUGGCUAGCACUCAGGUGUGGACACGGGCCAAUGUAAAACGUCUGUGGCAAGGGUGUUUGGAGAGUGUCAAUUUUAAUAAUGUCCAGCGACAUGCCACCAGCAUGUAUGCUCUUCGACGAGGAACGGAAGACGAUGUGAUAGCAAAGGCGCUCAUAGCGUUUUUCGACAGUUACUUCGAGCACUUUGGAGACAUCCCGAUGUGCAGUAGGGGGCGAACAUUUCCGAACAGCUUACGGGGGUUCUAUCCGACCAUGAUGAAGUUGAAGCACUCCUGCGGGCCGAAUUUGUUUUAUUCAAUGAUAUCUAACGGUCUGUUCGUUGCACGUGCCCGCCGGGACAUCAAUGAGGGCGAAGAACUUACACUCAACCACGGGCCACACUACAAAGAUGCACCCCGGGAAGAACGGAGGGAGUAUUUGAAAAAGAUCUACAUCGACUGUGAUUGCAUCGAGUGUGGCCGAAUAGAUGACCAUUGGAUCCGCUACCGGCGCGUCAAAUGCGAGGACUGCCUGUUCAACACGAACGCCCCGCAAACCUGCCUCAAGUGCUUACAGAGCAAAGAGGUCCCCGCCGAAAUGCGAGUGCUGAUCGAGCAGCUGCAAGACAUCGAGUCGUGUCUGUCGAUGGACCAACUGACCCAGUUGUUGCCCGUUUCGACGCUUCGCUCCGAGGGCCUGCAGACAGUCACUGCGCUGGGCAGGCGAAAAAUGGUGCUGUUCAAGUUUUUCGAGCGCGUCUGGGCCAUGAUAUUUGUGGACGCGAUCAAUGUGCCCACUUACAACACACUCAAAGAGCAGCUGUCGUGCUUCGUGGAGGAAGUGAUUCGUGAUUCCAUCGACGGUAUCUACAUUUUGCUAGAGCGUUGCAAAAAUAUCAUCGAUACGCUGUUCCCCUACAUGAGCGUGCGGAUGGCGAAAGAAUACGAGUUCCUGGUGAGACGGACAGUUAAGUAUAUGAUACCGGCAAAAUUCCUCGCGGUUGACAUGCCUCAAGUGUUUCGGACAAUCGAUUUGGCGCGAUCGAUGACCAAGCUAGCAGCUCUUAUUUUGGAGGGCCACUUUCUGUAUGACGACGAAAACCACCAUAAACUGAUGCAGGUUAAGUUCUCGCUACAAACAUACGAGGAAGGCAUCCGUCUGAGCGGAGCAAAUGACGAAAGUGAACUGUUUCUGGAUCUUAUCAAUGCAAUGAAGCGAAGGAAGGACAACGCCGACCGGUUGAUAUCCCAGAUCGAGCUGAACCAUCAUGAGACAAAAACCUCCGAUGGGAAGCUGGUGGAGAACGGGAAGAAGAAGAACGGAUUUCGGAGUCAGGAAGCGCGCAACGAUUAUUCACACCAGAAUGGCACAAGUGGCACAAACGGUGCCAAGAGUGAAAGCAGCACAAAUAACAACAACAUCAACUAUGACGAUCACGACGAACGCUCGAAGUCGGCACAGAUCAUCAAUCCGGAGGGCGACCGUAAAGUGGUCAACGGACAGGAUGGGCUAAAGAAGAAAUCGGAGAAAAACGUGAAGCGCAAGGAAACAGGUGCUAUCCCGAAGCCAAGCCGUACAACGAAACACCAUCGGAAGGUUUGAGGUGCCUUUCUGUCGGUAAGAUGCAUAUAGUUGCUUUAGUUGCCUACUGGAAAUCGUUUCCAACCGUACAUUUUAUUUUUUAUCUUGCUUACCAAAAAUGCGUCGUUCCUUUCUAAUUUAUCGCGCAUCGAAUUUUAACGUGGUCCUUUUGCUUUAAUGUCAUUUUAUAAUACCAUUAGCUAAAACCGAACGUAACGCGUUGCGAUAUCAAUUAAACAAUAGAUACAAUACUGUACAAAUAUCACAACAACAACAAAAAACACAUUCGUAGUCAGAUGUAUAUUAAUAAAAAUAGGAAAAGGAAAGUGGGCCAAAGUAAGUGCUUCUCACGUAACAUAAUACAUACACUGACACACAAACAAACUUGUACGCCAAAUGCUGUCAAUGAUUGCAAAACGUAUAUGGAAAGAAUGGACGAGUAUAACUAUCAAUAUAAUGUUUAAUUAAUCAUAACUUAUGCCAUACGAAGCCACCAACGAAUGUUUCAACAUAGGCAAAAUAUACAAAAAAAAAGUUAUUUAACGCAUAAUACACUCGCACAACGGGUUAUAGGUUUUUUGUUGUUUUUUUAUUUUAUUUUUGUUUUCGUUCGAAUUCUAUAUUUUUUUGCUGAUAUGUUCGCACCGUACAUAUUCAUAUUUAUUUUAUUUUAUUAACUUAUUAUUAUGGUUAAACUCACACCCUCAAAGGAUUGAUAAUUAAAACUAGUCAAUUUAAAAUACGCAUAAUUUGUAUCGCCAAGAAAGGGCUGAAUGCUUGCAAAGUAUUACUUUACCUCGAGUUGCUCAAUUAUCGGCAGCGCGCAACCAAACACACACACACACACACUCAAUACUAUCUAUCAUCAAGAUUAUAUUCAUCAGAAUUAGUGCUAAAGAGUAUAGGGAGCCAUAUAACUCCAGUUAUAGGCUAGGCUAGGCAAGAGGUGUGUCUAAAUAAUUCGUUAUUUAUCGAUAAUAGCUAAUCGUAGUCUGAGAUCAUUGACCUUUCGAACAGCACUGUGAACACGAUGGAAUUAAAGACAUUAAUAUUUAAGGCAGAAAACCCUCGUGAGCGUAGUGAUGAAAUCCAAUCGAAGCCUUCUAUACUUGGUUGACUAAUAUUUGGGGCAAUAUCGAUAGAAUGAUAGAAUACGUGAGACAAGGCAAUUCUUAUGAGCGAGUAGAUAGGAGCUAACCAGAGUUAAUUUGUUCUUCCAAGCACUUCAAUUGACAGUAUUAAAAAUCAUGAACGGA